AGCCAUAUGGUUGGUCAUUCUGAUUUCAGAAUCAGAAAUCACAAAUGACUGCCAAUUAUUUACCAAGUUAAUCCGUUGUUUAUAAUCAAUGUUUGAAGAAAAUGUCAAAUCCAAGCGGUAGCAGGAGAAGUGGGACCAUGAAAAUUAGACUGACAAUAUUAUGUGCUCGGAACCUGGUUAGAAAAGAAUACUUUCGACUUCCGGACCCAUUUGCUAAGAUCAGCGUGGAUGGAUCCGGCCAAUGUCACAGUACUGACACUUGCAAAGCUACCUUGGAUCCAAAGUGGAAUCAACACUAUGAUUUAUACAUUGGAAAGGGAGAUGGUAUCACAAUUAGUGUUUGGAAUCAUAAAAAGAUUCAUAAACAACAGGGCGGCGGAUUUCUUGGUUGUGUUCGAAUUAUGCCCAACACAAUACAACGGCUCAAGGACACUGGAUACCAACGCCUGGACCUGGGCAAGGCGAGCCUUGAUGAUGCGGACCCGGUGAAGGGGCAGAUAGUGGUGUCGCUGCUGUCUCGCGACGGCGGAGGCGGCGGUGGUGGAGGUGGAGGCUGUGGAGGCGGCAGCGGAGGCCACAACGCGGUGGUUGACCCGCUCGGAGGCCUGUCCUGUCCGGGAGACCUGCCUGAGGGCUGGGAGGAGCGGCGGACCUCCGCCGGCCGCCUCUUCUACGUCAACCACAACACUAAAACGUCGCAGUGGGUUAGGCCUAACAGGAGCCAGUUAUUGAAUUCCGAUUCAAAUAACGUGUACCAUUCCCCAGAUAAUGAGAAUAACACACCUUCAAAUCUGAACUGUAGCAAUAAUAACUCAAAUACACCACAGCAACAAAGGCAUAGAGAUGACGUGAAUAGUAGAACACCCGCCUCCGGCCAGUCGAGAAGAAGAUCUAAUAGAAGCAGACAAUCUGGCAAUAAUAACAACAUUGGCAGGCACCAAGUGCCACAACCUCCCGAUCUUCCUCCUGGAUACGAAGUGCGCACAACGCAACAAGGCCAGGUCUACUUCUACCAGACUGCGACGGGCGUGUCGACAUGGCACGACCCGCGCAUCCCACGUGACCUGCCCGUGACCCCGCCCACCGAGCUGGGGCCCCUCCCCCCCGGCUGGGAGGUGCGGCACACGGCCAGUGGCCGCCUCUACUAUGUCGAUCACAACAACCGUACCACUCAGUUCACCGACCCCCGUCUCUCCACGCACAUCAUUUCCAACAUUCUCAAAAAAUACAACCCGAACGCUGCUCCCACAUCGGGUAGCACACCAACCACACCGGCUCCUUCGUCUUCGGGAAGCAGUGGCGCAACUUCCCCCUCCACCACCGCGCCGACGACGGCCACGCCCACAGUAGCCACACCUCCGCCGGCGGCCGCCAACCAAUCGGAGCCGAGCGGGGCGGGGCCAAGGAUGGGGCCGGAGGGAGGAGGCGUGCCCGAGGCGGAUGGGGAGAUGCUGCCCAAGUAUCGGCGUGACCUCGUUGCCAAGCAGAAGAUACUCAGGGCUGAGUUGACCGCACUACAACCGCAGACGGGGCACUGUCGACUGGAGGUGUCUAGAUCGGAAAUAUUUGAGGAGUCGUAUAGGUUAGUUAUGAAAAUGAGAGCGAAAGACAUGCGGAAACGGUUGAUGGUGAAGUUCAGAGGAGAAGAGGGGUUAGAUUACGGGGGCGUGGCUCGUGAGUGGCUCUACCUGUUGUCUCAUGAGAUGCUCAAUCCACAGUACGGUCUGUUCCAGUACUCGAGAGAGGGCAACUAUACACUGCAAAUCAACCCUGAUAGUGGCGUCAAUCCGGAGCAUCUGUCAUAUUUCCACUUUGCCGGGCGUAUCAUCGGCAUAGCAGUGUUUCACGGGCAUUACAUAGAUGGUGGCUUCACCACUCCCUUCUACAAGAUGUUGCUCAACAAACCAAUCACCCUCGAGGACAUUGAAGGCGUCGAUCCGGAAUUGCAUCGCAGUCUAACUUGGAUGCUUGACAACGAUUUGACUGGAGUUAUCGACACGACCUUCGCAGUGGAAGUGAACAGCUUCGGAGUGCUGAGGGUUCAUGAGUUGAAGUCUGGUGGAAAGGAUAUACCUGUAACCGAGGACAACAAAAAGGAAUAUGUCAAGUUGUACGUGAACUACCGGUUCAUGCGUGGCAUUGAACAGCAAUUUCUUGCGCUGCAGAAAGGCUUCACAGAACUGGUUCCCGCGCAACUGCUGAGGCCUUUCGACGAACGUGAACUGGAGCUCAUCAUUGGCGGACUGGGAUCAAUUGACAUCAAUGACUGGAAACAAAAUACAAGACUGAAGCACUGCACUCCCGAAACGCCAGUUGUGAAGUGGUUCUGGGAGAUCGUCGAACAAUACAGCGAGGAAAUGAGGGCCAGACUACUGCAAUUUGUCACUGGAAGCUCGAGGGUUCCCUUGCAAGGAUUCAAGGCUUUACAAGGUUCAACAGGAGCGGUAGGACCGCGUCUGUUCACCAUCCACGUGAUCGAAGCGCCACAAGACAAUUUGCCCAAGGCUCACACCUGCUUCAACCGCAUCGAUCUGCCAGCCUACCAGACAUACCAGCGACUUCUGGAGAAGCUCAGUCAGGCGGUCGAGGAGACGUGUGGAUUUGCCGUCGAGUGACCUGGUCACUCUAUGGUCGCAUUCAUCAUUGCAAAUCUGACCUGACCACUCUAUAGUUGUAAAGUCGGUGCAAAUGAGCUUCGAGUAAUCUGACCACUCUAUAGUUACAUUCACGUUGUAAAGUCGGUGCAAAUGUGUCCUGACCACUCUGUAAUCUCGGUGCAAAUCUUAGACCAGUUAUAGAAUAGACACGCCCCAUUGUAUAUACCAUUGUACAUACUGAAAGUCGAUGAAACCAACAUCUACUGCCAUAUCGCCCCAUCGUGAGGUCAGCGAACAAACUCUACACCUCUACAGAAAAGUUUUCUAUCCGAUGAUGACGGCACGAUGGGGCGAUAUGGCAGUAGAUGUUAGCUUCAUCGACUUUCAGUAUGUGGCGUGUCUAUUUUAUAACUGGUCUAAGGUGUAAAUGAUACUACUGCAUGGUAGCCACCCGUCUUCUAUGUUUUAAUAUCAGUGGAAAAGAUAGUACUAUGGCUCGAUUUUACAAAAACCUGUUAAAUUUCAAACUGUGAUUGAAUGUCACAAGAACCAAUAAAAGAAACCUUCUUUUCAAAAAACCAUCCUCUGGUUUUCGUGGCAUUCAAUCAUGAUUAAAAUUUAACAGUUUUUUGUGCAACCGGGCCUAUAUGAUUGCUUCUUUUCCGUUACCACCGCCUUCUAUAGUGGAUAACUUUGAGUAUCCAAAUGUUGGGAGCGCAUUGUUGUCUAUUCUCUGCUACCACUGCCUUCUAAAGUAGAUAACUGUGAAUAUUCUAUUUUUAGCUACUACUGUUAUUGAAAACAUUCAGUGCCGGUUGCACAAAAAACGGUUAAAUCUUAACCAUGAUUAAUUUUAGGAGAACCAAUCAGAGAAGCCGUCUUUCCUAAAAGGCCUUCUCUGAUUGGUUCUCGUGGAAUUAAUCACGGUAAAAAUUUUACCGGCUUUUGUACUCAGUAUCCUUUUAUAUUUUACUAAAACUUUGCAUAUUUGGAAACAUUUCAAAUGCAAAUGACUCGAAGAUUUAUUUCAAGUAUCUGCAAAAAAUAUUUGCAGAAUAGUUUCAGAUAAUUUUCAGCCAUUUUCAAAUUCAAUUAAUGUGAUUCGAGUUAUCUCGAUUAUCUGAUAAAAUAUUAAAACCUGGUUGCACAAAAAACUUGAAUGCCCCACAAGAACCAAUCAGAGAAGGUUUUUUGUUAAGAAGGCUUCUUUGACGAGAAGAAAACGUUUCUUUUUAAGAAGGCUUCUUUGAAAAGAAGACUGGAACGCUUUUAUUGAAAAGACUAGUUCUUGUAGCAUUAAUCAUUAUUAAAAUGUAAUAGGUUUUUGUACAACCGGGCCUCAAUUGUUAGUUCUUUUCAAUAAUGACCAAUUAUUUCUCAAAUUUAUUUUAUUAUAUUUCUGUCUAGUCUAUGAACCGGCAACGGUGAGGAGAUAGAAAAUGAUGACAGAGGAUAUCAAACCAAUUGUAAUCAGAUGCUGACUGUAUAACGUGAAUAUUACUAUAGCUGAAGGGUACAAAACAUGGUGGGGUGGUGAAGGUAGAGUGUAGCUGAGAGUGUUGAAAAUAAUGCUUGUAUUGAAAUGUGUCUGAACAUAUCAGAGCGGCGAUGGUUGGGUAGAAGGUAGAAGGAAACUGAUACAUUUAGGUUCAUGCAUUAUUUAAACACUCUCAGCUACCUCACUUUAUACAUUCUAGAUCUAUGUUUUGACUCUGUGUCAACCAUAUGUGAUAAACCUCUAUUUAACUAGAUACUGUUUAAAUAUUUAUAUUUUAUUUUAAAUCUAUACCGUGAACAGCAUUUUAUUGUUGUUGUGUGGAUCCAAGGCAUUUAGAUAUCUAAUGCCUAAAGAUAUAUUUAUAUCUACCUUUUAUCUAUCUACCUUGGUUUAUAACAACUCAGUAAAACGGUGUGUUCUUUGGCGACAUACAAUGUCGGAAAUUUAUUCGUUUUAGAUCGUUUUUAUUGGACUGGCUUGAUUAAGCCGGUCGUUUUAGAUGAACAUUCAAAAAUUGAAAUAUGCUCUAUGUAUUUUUAUUGUAUUUAGGAUAAAAUUAACUGAUUGAACAACGGUUUGUUGGAUACAAACUUUUAGGUCGAUUUUAAGAUUUCUAUCAGUAUAUUAUUGUGAAUUUUAUCUCUAGUAUGUUUUACUUGGUGUUCAUGAUUAAUAUAUUGAGAUCGUUAUUAACUCUGGUUUUGAGAUUUUAUUUAACGUAGUAAACCCCUGAUUUAUCGAAUACACCUUGAUUAUGGUCCCCAAACCAAUAUAUUGAUACGAACCAAUGUAAUAUGAUAUAUCUGUCUACGUGAGUUCAGAACGAGUCUGAAAAUUAUCCGAGUUGAUCUCAAUAAUUACUUUUUUCAAAAGCAUGAAUAGUUUUAUUCACUAUGUUUUUGUUUGUUUAUUAUGUGAUUUAUCCAAACAUCAAUCAUAGAUGUUUAUAAAUUGUAAGGUCAGUGACGAUAGAUCAAGGGUCAACUUUUGAUCGCCUUUGAACAACCAGUGAUUAUUUAUAUUAUUGACAAUCCAAAAUUUACCAUUUGUUGGUAUGGUAUCUACACACAAUCCAAAUUUCAUUACAUUACUAAGUUUUUGUAUUACUUUAUUCUAUCUGAUAUUAUUGGUUUUAGUUAUUAGUUAGAGUAGUUUAAAUAACUUAUAUUGAGUGGAAUGUAAGUUGAUUUAACUCUUAUUUCUAAUUACCGUUAUACUUGAAAUUUGUCAACUUAUUCUAACUUACAGUUUCAUAGUAGUUACGUAUUCAAUAGUCUCACAAUUUUUUAGUUUUGAGAUACUUAUUUACUACUAGCAGGUGACCCGUGCUUGUUUGUAAGGGUCUAAUUAAAAACUUGACCUAUUAGAAUCUUGAAGAAUUUAAAAUAGACCAAUAACCAUCCUUUGUAAAUUGGGAAUCUAUAUACAAAAUUUUAAGUUAAUCAGUCCAGUAGUUCAGACGUGAUGCGUCAUUCCUUAAUUUUCUAUCCCGAACGUGUAUAUGCCAAUUCUUUCCUUUAUUAUUUUAUAGAUCAUGAAUACAUUUUAAAAUGUUACUGUUCAAUAAUAUACUGAUAGAAUAUGUAAGUGUUAUGUAGAGAACAAAGUGGUUUAGUAUGCAAUAAAAAUUACUGAAAUACAAAUCAUAUCACAUAAUGCUUCCCCUUGCAAUUAAAGUGCUUUUAUUAAAAUCUUCCAUGAACUAUUCAUAUCACUUUUAGUAUCCGAUAUUAUUAUAAGAUGAUAUAAUAUAAAUUAUUUUUUAAUUCAGUGUUGUUAGGUACUAUUAGAAUUUAAUGAUAAUUAUAUUUGUAAACAGAUUAUACCUCAUUGAAUGUGUUGUAACUCUAAUUUAUUGAUAAUUUUAUUAGGAAAUUGUGAAUCAGUGGUAAUUGUUCUUUGAUAUCUAUCAUAUCAUAUCAUAUUAACUUGUGAAUCAAUAACACAUUAUUAAUAGUUCUUGUUACCUUCUUCCUUAGGAAUUUUCAAGAUUUUAACUACAAUGAACUUCUAUUGCAGUAUAAUAUUUUACGAUUUGUUUUUAUAUAUCUUUACCUUGCAUGAACUGAUAUUAAUUUACAAUUGAACAUCAAUAAUACUAUACUUUUAUUACCGUAAUACAAUCGAUGAUUUCUUGCUAAUCAAUACCUUCAUUAAACUGGCUAUUAAUUUUCAUAAUAAUGUUUAUAUCAAAGGGCACAAUUAUUUAGAAGACGCGUCACUUCGUAUCAGCACAUCUAAAAAAGAAUUAUAAUUUAUUUAAUUUGCACUUUCUAUAAAGAUGAUCUAUUCUUUCUCUCAUCGUCGAUUACUGAAAUUACGAGCGUUGAAACAAAAUAUUGAUCAAUUAUGACAAUCAAUUAAGUCUUUAUCAUAUUAAAGCUUCUAUGAAUAUUAUAGCUGACACUCUACUAUUAGGCCUACUUUCGUUGCUUGUAUUUUAUCCAUAAGAUAUUGAUUCACAAGAUAUUCGUCCGCUUUAUCGAUAAUAUUGAUAUUAAAUCUAAAUUUAAUGUAGAUAUGUAUAUAAGAAAAUGUUCAUUUAUGGUAAUUAUAUUGUAUCCCUACCUUUGCUUUGCUCUGUGAUUCUUAUCAAAAAGCACAACCCUUAUUAUCUUUUCAUUAAUAAUAAUAAUUUACGUGCAUGAGUAAUAUUAGCUUUUACCAAAAUUUGGGCUUUUCUUGAAUAUAUUUUUAAGAAAUUCUACAAAAAAUCACUGUCACUUCUAAAUUGUUUUAUUGUUUGACUAUGUCACUAGCACAUGUUUAAUUGUUUUAAGAAUCACCUGUUGUCUAUAAUUUAUUAUGUAUCUAAUUUAAUUAUUGUACCAACAAUAAAUAUUAUGUUUGUAAUGAUAGUGAAAUAUUUGUUUGUAAAUCCAUAUUUUAUAUAAUAUUGUACAAAGAGGCCUUCGACAGCUUUUUAGCUGUUGUUUUGUAACUCAAUUGAGGUAUUAAAAAUUUCAUCAAUCUUUU